AUGACGGACCACGCUGCUGAGAAGAAGGAUGAGCACAAGGCCACAUCCGGCCACAGCCCUGACGAGAUUGAGCAACGGCCUGCGACUGGAUCCCAUGGCUCUGAAACAGCCACAGCCACUGACGACGAGAAAGCCGACACGAAAGUCCACGACAAGGCUCGCGCUUCUGCUGAGCUCACCCGCCUGCGCUCUGGCAUCUCAGUAGAGCAGGCGCAGGCUGACUUUGAGGAGCUGCAGAGGGAGUUCACCGGCGUAUCUCGAGCUAGCCGUAAGAGCGGCGGCCACAAAGCCGUUGACCCUGAAAAGGGCGGCGAGCAGUCCUCGGACUCUGGCUCCGUCUUUGAUCUCGAGACUGCCCUGCGCGGAGACCUCGACGCCGGCCACGAGGCUGGAAUCCGCUCCAAGCACAUUGGAGUGUACUGGGAUGGACUCACUGUGAGGGGCUAUGGUGGUCUCGCCAACUACGUCCAGACCUUCCCGGAUGCGUUCGUCAACUUUUUCGACAUUGUCUCCCCAGUGAUCAACCUGCUUGGACUCGGCAAGAAACCCGUUGAGGCGACCAUUCUGGACAACUUCCGUGGUGUCUGCAAGCCUGGUGAGAUGAUCCUGGUUCUCGGAAAGCCUGGUUCUGGCUGCACCACUUUCCUCAAGACGAUUGCCAACCAGCGAUAUGGCUACACUGGCAUUGAUGGAGAGGUUCUGUACGGCCCAUGGACCGCAAAGGAGUUCGGCCGAUACCGCGGAGAGGCCGUCUACAACGCCGAGGACGAUAUUCACCACCCAACCUUGACCGUGGAGCAGACGCUUGGGUUCGCCCUUGAUACCAAGAUGCCUGCCAAGCGACCAGGAAACAUGACCAAGGCUGCUUUCAAGGAGCAUGUUAUCACCAUGCUGCUCAAGAUGUUCAAUAUCGAGCACACUAGGCACACCAUCGUCGGAAAUGCCUUCAUCCGGGGUGUCUCAGGAGGUGAGCGCAAGCGUGUUUCCAUUGCGGAGAUGAUGAUCACAAAGGCAUGCAUUCUCUCCUGGGACAACUCUACUCGUGGUCUGGACGCCAGUACUGCCCUGGACUUUACCAAGUCUCUCCGAGUUCAAACUAAUCUGUACAAAACAACCACCUUCGUUUCUCUUUAUCAGGCUUCGGAGAACAUUUACAACCUCUUCGACAAGGUAAUGGUCAUCGACGAGGGCCGACAGGUCUACUUUGGCCCGAUCAGCGAGGCUCGCGCCUACUUUGAAGGACUUGGUUUCGCCCCGCGCCCUCGACAGACCACCCCUGACUAUGUGACGGGAUGCACCGACGAAUUUGAGCGUGAAUACGCCUCUGGUUACUCGGAAAAGAACGCCCCUCAUUCCUCUCAGACCCUGCUGGAGGCAUUCAACAAGUCUGACAUCAAGAAGCGACUGGAUACGGAGAUGGAGGAGUACAAGGCCGGGCUACACCUUGAGCAGGGUGCGCACGACGAUUUCCAGGUUGCCGUCAAGGAAAGCAAGCGAAUGUCUUCUCACAAGUCGGUCUAUCAGGUUGGCUUUCACCUGCAAAUGUGGGCUCUCAUGAAGCGUCAGUUCUCUCUCAAGAUUCAGGACCGCUUCAACCUGUCUCUCUCCUGGAUUCGAAGCAUCAUCAUCGCCAUCGUCCUCGGUACGCUCUAUCUCAACCUCGGUGAAACCUCUGCCAGCGCCUUUAGCAAGGGUGGUCUUCUGUUCGUCGCCCUGCUCUUCAACGCCUUCCAGGCCUUCUCUGAACUGGGAAGCACCAUGGUUGGGCGAGCCAUCGUGAACAAGCACCGAGCGUACGCCUUCCACCGACCCUCUGCUCUCUGGCUCGGCCAGCUUGCCGUGGACACCUGCUUCUCAGCGACGGAAAUCCUGGUCUUCUCCAUCAUUGUUUACUUCAUGACGAAUCUGUUCCGCGAUGCCGGAGCGUUCUUUACAUUUUACCUCAUGAUCGUAGUCGGAAACCUGUGCAUGGCUCUCUUCUUCAGAUGCAUUGCCUGCGCCAGUCCCGAUUUUGACUACGCUAUCAAAUUUGCUGUCGUUACUAUUACGUUCCUUGUCACCACCUCAGGCUAUCUUAUCCAGUACAGCGUUCAGAAGGUGUGGCUGCGAUGGAUCUACUGGAUCAAUGUGCUGGGGCUGGCCUUUAGCUCGCUGAUGCAAAACGAGUUCACCAGGAUCGAAAUGACUUGCACGGACGACUCCCUGAUCCCCGCUGGAGAAGGAUAUGACGACAUCAACCACCAGGUCUGCACUCUUGCCGGAUCGAACGCUGGUAGCAGUCUGGUAGAUGGCGCCGAGUACAUCUCCAAGGCGUUCCAGUACAACAAGGGCGAGCUGUGGCGAAACUUUGGAAUCAUCAUUGCCUUGAUUGUCUUCUUCCUCUUCUGCAACGUGACUCUGGGAGAGCUCGUCCGGUUCGGUAUGGAGGGUAAUGCGGCCAAGACAUUCACCAAGCCCAACGAGGAGCGUAAGAAGCUGAACGAGACCCUGGUUGAGAAGCGGGAUGCUCGUCGCAAGGAUAAGACGCAGGAAUCUGGUUCCGACUUGACGAUCGCUUCCGAGAGUAUCCUCACUUGGGAGAACCUCAACUACGACGUGCCCGUUCCUGGCGGUACCCGACGUCUGCUCAACAAUGUGUUUGGAUACGUUAGACCUGGCGAGUUGACUGCUCUUAUGGGAGCAUCAGGUGCCGGCAAAACAACCCUCCUCGAUGUGCUGGCGGCCAGGAAAAACAUUGGUGUCAUCCAGGGCGACGUCCUUGUAGAUGGUGUGAAGCCAGGAAAGCAGUUCCAGCGAUCAACCUCUUAUGCCGAACAGCUUGAUGUCCACGAGCCAACUCAGACCGUCCGAGAGGCUCUUCGAUUCUCCGCCGAACUCCGCCAGCCCUACGAAACCCCCAUUGCCGAACGCCAUGCCUAUUGCGAGGAGAUCAUCGGUCUGCUUGAGAUGGAGGAGAUUGCCGACGCCAUCAUUGGAUCCCCUGAGGCUGGACUGACUGUUGAACAGCGCAAGCGUGUCACAAUCGGUGUCGAGCUGGCCGCAAAGCCCGAACUGCUGCUGUUCCUGGACGAGCCCACAUCUGGCCUUGACAGCCAGAGCGCUUUCAACAUUGUUCGAUUCCUGAAGAAGCUUGCUGCCUCUGGACAAGCUAUCCUGUGCACGAUUCACCAACCUAACGCUGCUCUGUUCGAGAACUUUGAUCGCCUUCUGCUCCUCCAGCGUGGUGGCCAGACCGUCUAUUUCGGUGAUAUCGGCAAGGAUGCCCACGUUCUGCGAGACUACCUCAAGCGACACGGCGCUGAGGCUGCCCCUACUGACAAUGUCGCUGAGUUUAUGCUGGAAGCCAUUGGUGCCGGAAGUGCUCCUCGUGUGGGCGACCGCGACUGGGGUGACAUUUGGCUGGAUAGUCCCGAGCUCGCGGCCACCAAGGACGCCAUCAUCCAGAUGAAGCGCGAGCGUGUCUCUGCAACAAGCCAAGCCAAGCCGGAGCUCGAGAAGGAAUACGCCUCUCCCAUUCAGCACCAACUCAAGGUUGUCUGUACCCGUAUGUUCCGUGCGUAUUGGCGUACACCCAACUAUCUCUUCACCAGGAUGUUCAGCCACGUCGCCGUCGCGCUGAUUACCGGUCUGACUUUCCUGAACUUGGAUGAUUCGAGAGCUUCUCUUCAGAACAAGGUCUUCGUCAUGUUCCAGAUCACCGUUCUCCCCGCACUCAUCAUGUCCCAGGUAGAAGUCAUGUUCCAUAUCAAGCGUGGUCUCUUCUUCCGUGAAGCCUCGGCCAAGAUGUACUCGCCCAUCACCUUUGCCAGCGCCAUCUCGCUAGCUGAGCUGCCAUACUCGGUUCUUUGCGCAGUGGUCUUCUUCCUGCCUUUGUACUUCAUGCCUGGGUUCCAAGUCGAGGCUUCUCGCGCCGGGUAUCAAUUCCUCUUGGUGCUCGUAACAGAGUGCUUCGCCGUGGGUCUGGCCCAGGGACUCGCCUCACUCACACCAGAGCCCCGUGUUUCCACCCAGUUCGACCCCUUCAUCAUCAUCACCUUCGCCCUCUUCUGCGGCGUCACCAUCCCCUACCCCCAGAUGCCCAAGGGCUACUCCUCUUGGCUGUACCACCUGGACCCCUUCACCCGCCUCAUCAGCGGCGCCGUCACCACCGCUCUGCACGAUCUCAAGGUCGUUUGCAAGACCUCGGAGCUCAAUCUCUUCACCGCCCCCGAUGGCAUGAAUUGCGGCGAGUACAUGGAGCCCUUCUUCUCCCGCGGCGGGGCGGGCUACAUCACCAACAACGACACGCAGAGCUGCGAGUACUGCGCGUACGGCGUCGGUGACGAGUUCUACACCCCGCUCAACAUGUCCUUCGACACCCGCUGGAGGGACCUGGGUAUUCUCAUUGCAUUUGCUGCCAGCAACAUGGUGAUUUUGUUCGUUGCGAGCCGAUUCCUGAACUUUAACAAGCGGUAA